AUGUCACCGUCUUUUCUGGAAAUUCCUGAUCUCCCCAUGGAAAUGAUAAUGAAUUACUUGGAUUAUAAUGCAAUUCAAUCCGUUCGCAAAACUUGCUGGGACCUGCGGAACUUUAUUGAUGACAAGAAACUGGGAAUUAACAUGACAGAAAUUGACAUUUCUGAAACAUCCGAUACAGAAGUCGGGCUGGCUAUCAAACUUCUUUCCUCAUACAUCAAUUUAUAUUAUGAAAAACAUGAAAACGGAUGCAGAAUUUCGGGUGGAACAAGUGGCGGACACAAAAAUAAGAUUGUGGAAAACUUGAACUUUCUGGAUGCCGCUCUCCAUGAUUUCAAAAUUGCAAUAAACUCUCAAAGAUUAAUAUUCGAGAAGGUCACUGUGACAGUAAACACGUUUUUUGAAAAAUUUGAAGAAAUGAUGAAGUCACAAAAGCCAUUUGCAACUGAAUCUAUAGAAAUUCACGCGGAUUCACAGGAUCAGGCCCGUCAAAUCCUUCAUCAUGCGGACCCAAAAUAUCUCAAGUCAAUCGACAUCAAUGCGCAUGAGUAUGAGUUUAUCGACGGCGGCAACAUUAUUGAGACUGUGAAGUUGCAAUCGUCGGGAAAUAUCCAGAACUUCUCUCAUUUUUCUUUGGCGUCAAUUCGGUUGGAGAAUAUAGACGUGGAGACGUUACGAGCAUUAAAAGAGAACUUUCUUCAACUCCAUGAAUACGAUAAGUACUUGUACGUGGACGAUACUUGCAGAGAGAACCUGUUUGUCGACGCUUUUGGAGCAGCUUUUGUGCCUCAUGGAGAGACUGAGCAAAAUUGGUUUUUCAAUGUUCCUGGCAAUAAGGAAAAAGUCCUAAAAGUGUUUAACAAAUGGAGAUGUUUUGAGUUCUUGUUUAUUGAAAAAUGUGAGGUUCCAGAAGGGUGUGUGAUUCGUGAUUGA